UGGAAAGCGGGCGUGGGGGGGCGUGGGCGUCUCUUUCCCUCGCCUCAUUCUGGCUCCUCCUCCUUUUCGCUCCCUUCUCCGCUCGGCCCCCUCCGCCCCCACCUCUUCGUUUUACAAGCCGGGAGCUCGCGGGCUGCCCAGUCCAGCCGCCUCCAGCCGCAAAGUAGUAGCCUUCAGGCGAAAAACAGCAUCCUCCCUCCGUCGCUCGCUCUCAUUCAGUUUUUCCCACGCCCUUCCUCUGUUGCUUUUCCUCUUCUUCUUCCUCCUCCUCCUUCUCCUCCCAAGUUGCGUCGUAUCCUUUGCCUGGCGGCUCCGCUUUGCUCGCCUUCCUCUUCCCCAUCAUCUUCUUCCACCGCCGCUGCGGGAUGGAUUUGCCGGCGAGCCAAUUCAAAAAAGUCAAGCUGAGCAACAAAGUGCAGAGUUGGGGAAUGCAGAGAGCUACCAAUGUCACCUAUCAAGCCCACCAUGUCAGCAGAAAUAAGAGGGGUCAAGUCGUGGGAACUAGAAGUGGCUUUCGGGGCUGCACAGUCUGGCUAACAGGGCUGUCGGGAGCUGGGAAGACCACAGUUAGCAUGGCGCUGGAGGAGUACUUGGUAUGCCAUGGCAUUCCAUGCUAUACCUUGGAUGGGGACAACAUCAGACAAGGCCUCAAUAAGAAUCUUGGCUUCUCGCCAGAAGACAGGGAAGAAAAUGUCCGCCGAAUUGCUGAAGUUGCCAAGUUGUUUGCAGAUGCUGGCUUAGUGUGCAUCACCAGCUUUAUUUCUCCUUAUGCCCAGGACCGUAACAAUGCCAGGCAAAUUCACGAAGUAGCAAGUCUGCCUUUCUUUGAAGUGUUUGUGGAUGCACCGCUGUAUGUUUGUGAGCAGAGGGAUGUGAAAGGCUUGUACAAAAAAGCUCGUGCGGGAGAAAUAAAAGGUUUUACUGGCAUUGACUCCGAAUAUGAAAAGCCCGAAGCCCCUGAGCUGGUACUUAAAACAGAUUCCUGCGAUGUCAAUGAUUGUGUUCAGCAAGUUGUGGAACUUCUACAAGAGAGGGACAUUGUACCAGUGGAUGCCUCUUAUGAAGUUAAAGAACUGUAUGUGCCUGAAAACAAACUUCAGUUGGCCAAAACAGAUGCAGAAACUUUACCCACUCUGGAAAUAAAUAAGGUGGAUAUGCAGUGGGUGCAAGUACUGGCAGAGGGCUGGGCAACACCACUUAGUGGCUUUAUGAGAGAGAGAGAAUACUUGCAGUGCCUUCACUUUGAUUGCCUCCUGGAUGGAGGCGUUAUUAACCUUUCAGUGCCUAUAGUGCUGACAGCGACAAAGGAAGACAAGGAGAGACUAGAUGGCUGCACAGCCUUUGCUCUGUUAUAUGAAGGCCGCCGUGUAGCUAUUCUCCGCAAUCCAGAGUUCUAUGAGCAUCGAAAAGAAGAACGCUGCGCCAGACAGUGGGGAACAACAUGCAAGGAGCACCCGUACAUCAAGAUGGUCAUGGAGCAAGGAGAAUGGCUUGUGGGUGGUGAUCUGCAAGUCCUGGAUCGUAUUUACUGGAAUGAUGGCCUUGAUCAAUACCGCCUUACACCUGCUGAGCUAAAGCAGAAGUUCAAAGACAUGAAUGCAGAUGCUGUCUUUGCAUUUCAGUUGCGCAAUCCUGUGCACAAUGGACAUGCUCUGUUGAUGCAGGACACACACAAACAACUUCUCAGUCGAGGCUACAGACGUCCAGUUCUGCUUUUGCAUCCUCUGGGUGGUUGGACAAAGGAUGAUGAUGUUCCUUUGAUGUGGCGAAUGAAGCAACAUGCAGCAGUGCUGGAGGAAGGAAUACUGAAUCCAGAAACAACUGUGGUUGCCAUAUUUCCCUCUCCUAUGAUGUAUGCUGGGCCAACGGAGGUUCAGUGGCAUUGCAGGUCAAGGAUGGUGGCUGGAGCCAAUUUCUACAUUGUGGGUCGAGAUCCUGCCGGCAUGCCUCAUCCUGAGACUGGAAAAGAUCUCUAUGAUCCAACUCACGGUGCCAAAGUGCUGACUAUGGCGCCAGGCUUGAUAACACUGGAAAUUGUACCCUUCAGAGUGGCAGCUUAUAACAAGAAAAAGAAAUGCAUGGAUUAUUAUGAUUCAGAACACCAUGAAGAUUUUGAAUUCAUUUCAGGAACUCGCAUGCGUAAACUGGCUCGAGAAGGGCAAAAUCCUCCUGAAGGUUUCAUGGCCCCUAAAGCAUGGACUGUGCUGACAGAGUAUUACAAGUCCUUGGAAAAAGCUUAGGCUGCUUAUGAAUUGCAGAUCAACCUUUGACGCUUGAUUUAUUAACACGAAGGGGGACCACACAGUCACCAUUUGGCACGGCUUUGUUGUAGUGGCUGUCAGGAAGUUCUUUGCUGAAAAACAGGCCCUUUCUCCUUAACUCAGCAUCAUUCUCUGCUUGUCUUAUGGGUUCUAUUACAUAUUGGCACCUAACAAACGGCUGGUUUCAAUGUCUUCUCUUUUUUAUUACGGUUAAUAUUCUUGUGGUACGAAUUUCUGAAAUCUUUACUUUUUAAAAAUCUUUACUUUUUUGCCUCUGUACUGUUCCUUUGUAUUACUGUAACUGUUUUUUUCCUUUCACAUUAUUUAAUAUAGGUCAACUUUUUCUUUCAUUUUGUUCUUUUUCCUUUUUGUAGUUUACAGGACAAAUAUCUCAGCCUGAUUAAAUGAACUAGAAAUAGGUGCUAAAUUUAGUCAAAAUGAAAUAGAUUUUUAAGAUAUUAUAUGUGUACUUUUCUGUCAACAGUCUUUGAAGUUCUUGUAUGGAAUCUCCAAAACAAACUUCCGCCUAUUGCAAAUUAAACUUUCUUUAUUGAA